AUGCACAUUUGCUGCAAACGUAACGUGUUUUACAGGAGUGGGGGGUGGGGUGAGGGAGGGGCAAGGAUCCCCAGAGCGUUCUCCAUUGCGCGAGCGCGCGAUGGAGAACGAUCAACUCCUCGUGCGAACAGCGAUCGGGCAGGCCAAGGCGCUGAGGACACACUCAAGCAUAGAACAUUUGAUCUGAGCAGUCAAAGAUGUUUUACCUCUGAGGCCAAAUGGCACGACAGCAGGCCCAAGUGCCCGGUGCUUGGGGGCACUGCUGCCGGGUGCACCACAGCGCUGUCGGCCUCUGACAAUCCGCGACCUGGCACCAUGUGA